UUGUCGAAGUGAAAUGCUUCCCGCUGGAAGAAUGACAUACUUUAGGAGUGAGAGAGAAAAUAACGAUGCAGACAAGAAGAAAAUUGAGUUGGUUUUUCAUCAGUCUGAUGUGGGGAGGAAAGGUUAUUUGUCCCGAGAAGAUCUUAAGAUAGCAGUGGUCAUGUUAUUUGGAUAUAAGCCAUCGAAGUCUGAGACAGAUUUACUGAUGGAGUCUGGCUCUGUUAAGGACUGCCCAGGGGUCCCACUGCAUCAGUUUACAACUCUCACGGGGCGGAAGAUGUCAUCUGAAGAUCCGUAUGAGAAGAUGAGGCAGAUCUUCAGCGCCUUUGAUGUACACUGUCGUGGCUUCUUGAAGCUGGAGGACUUCAAAAGCGCCUUCAAGCGAGUUGCUCCUCACCUGCCGGAGAGAACGGUGCUGGAGGCUUUCCGGCAGUUCUCUGAUUGUCUGCUUCUGACCCGUGAGUGCAGUUGUAGAGCUGGGAACCCAUCAUGCCCUGAGGGUCACCAUGGACUGCUGAUCAGAAAACACAGAAAGGCAUGUGGAUCUGGAUUCUGAUGGUCAUGUCAGCUUUAAGGACUUUGAAAACGUCAUCAGCUAUGGUUUGGCAAACAUUUGAGACUAUGUGAGACACAAACCUAUUGGAAGCUUUUGGAACAGUUUGGGAACUUCAGCUGACCCUAACCAGAGAAGACAAUUUGCAAAAAUGAGUUAGUUUGACAAGGCUGUGCGCAAUAGACAUACAGACACAUUCUCUGUCACCUCCACCUAAAGUCACAACGCAUGUUUGAAGUUUUUGUAGUCUGGAUUUGUUUUGGAUUGAUGUAUAGUCAGUAUAUCGUUAAUGAUACAACAAAGCUAUACGACAUAACAUUACUGAAUGGACUGAACUUUGAUGUGAAUAAAACGCGGCUGUGAAGGACCAAAGUAAAUAUGUAAAAAAAAGUGUUUUUUUCUAGUACUUUAGUAAAAAGCUGACAGACAUUCAAGGCAGACUCUUUUUUAGAUAAUUGUUGGCAAUUUAAAGCCACUGUUUGGCCUUGUCUGUUUAAAGACACCGACUUCAGAUUCUUGACACUUGUGUUUGGUGAUGGGUUUUGAUGUUGUAUCGAUCAAGUUGGUCCGGGCCUCCGCCGUAAUAGAGAACCACACAUUUCUAUCGUGCACUUGCCUUACAACCUGCAUUAAAUUGAACCUCUCAAGGUCUAAUUCACUAGAUGAGAGAACAAUAUUCUCUGCCAUAACCUCACUCGCCCAGUCCUCAGAUAUUCCGUAGCAUCUGAAAUAACUUCUGUGAAUUCAGUUACAGCAGUCGGGAAGAUCUUUUAAAAUUCCCCUCCCUCGUUCCAUUUCCAUCAGCGAAAUAGGCAGGUUGCCUCAAAAUUGAAUAUUAACGAUCACAUUCACAUUCUGUUUAUGCGAAAUUCCCUUCUGCCGACGUAUAUUAAAAAGCCCGAGCGUUCAGGAGGGAUUUCAUGUGGCUCGACUUGUUACGCGCGAUUAUGGAACUGUAAAUACUUGUUUGUGUUUUGAGAGAUUUGCCGCACUCCCGUCUGAAUAAAGAUU